AUGGUCUAUUCCUCGGUGUUGGUCACGGCCGCGGCCCUGGCUUUGGCUGCCGGUCCGGAUCCGGUUACCGGGACCAUUACCUCCAGCCUCCAAAACAUAUUGGAGAACACCCAUGGUGGCAACGAAUAUCAUUAUCCAACAGAUAUUACCCGAGAUAUUCUACCAAUUCCCGUUCAUUCCCACAAUGACUAUUGGCGCCAAGAGCCAUUCUGGACGGGCUUGUCAAAAGGCUGUACUUCAACUGAAGCAGAUGUUUGGCUGUACAAUGGUACGCUAUAUGUUGGUCAUGAUCAAUCUGCCCUGACAAAGGACCGCACACUUGAAAGCCUCUAUAUCAAUCCAAUCCUCGAUGUCUUAAAUCGCCAAAACCCAGGAAGUCCAUUUGUGACUGAACCCACAAAAAAUGGUGUUUGGGAUACCACUCCAGAUCAAACACUUUACUUCUUCAUUGAUGUGAAGACCUCUGGACCUGAGACCUUUAAGGCCGUUAUUGAAGCUUUGCAACCGUUCAGAGAAAAAGGCUAUCUUUCUAAAGUCGAGGGCAAAAACGUGACUUAUGGACCGGUCACCAUUAUUGGGACUGGUGAAACUCCCCUUGAAAUGGUGACUUCUGCAUCCGAACGCGACUACUUCUUCGAUGCUCCUCUUGCAAAUCUCAAUGACUCUAAAUAUGACAGUAUUGAUGGCACAAUUUCACCUAUCGCGUCCACGGACUUUGCUGCCGCAGUUGGCAAGCUGACUGCUGAUACGGACCCGGUCCUUAAUGAUACGCAACUCAAGGCUCUUCGAGAUCAAAUUUCGGAAGCAAAGGAGCGUGGCAUUGGGGCAAGAUAUUGGAACACUCCAGCCUUUCCUAUCCGGACGCGAAACUUGGUCUGGAGGACGCUGCUACGUGAGGGAGUCACUCUUCUCAAUGCCGAUGAUCUUGAUGCUGUGACCUCUUACUUUUGA